AUGGCCAUCCUUUCCAUCAUUUUGUGGUCUCUCCUCGCAUUGAUCCUUCUCCUCGUACUCUCUCUCACUUAUUUAUGGUUUGGUGUUUUCAAGAAAUACUUUAAUGCUCAAGUGAAAUUAGAAACCUCUCGUAUUGGAUCUCUCAACACUUUAGAAAAUUCUUCAUCGUUCAACAAGGGUAAAACCUGUGUCGUGAUGGGUGGUAGUGUCGGAGGUCUUUUAACGAGCUUGGUCUUGUCCUUUCAUUAUGAAAAGGUCAUUUUAGUGGAACAGAAAAAGUAUGAAGAAGGUAAAUCAACGGCACCACACGGACAACAAACUCACGUCUUUUUAUAUCGAGCUCUUACUAUUUUGAAAAAACUCUUUGGAGGUGCUUUGGGUGUUGAUUUCAUUCAGGAAAUUCUCGGUAUUGGAGCCUAUGAAAUGACCCUUAUUUAUUCCGAUUUUGCGCAAGUCGAUGGAGAAACUGAUCAUUUGCAUGGCCAAUUUGAACAAGUUCCUCAAUUAGUGUUACCAAAUUAUCAAAUGACUCGUGGCAUGUUUGAAAUUUGGGUUCGUGAUAAAUUACUCCAAAUUAGUAGUGGAAAACUCUCUCAAAACAUGUUGGGAAAAAUUGAAAUUAUGGAAGAACAACGUGUGGUUGGAUUGAUUUUUGAAAAGAGUCAACAUCAUCCACUCGAUUCUCAAACCUUGAUUCAUCGUGUCGUAGGAGUCAAGUUAGAAAAUGGUCAAGAAGUGAGAGGUGAUUUGAUUGUAGAUUGUACUGGACUCACCACUCAAACUCCACGUUAUGUUGAAGAUGAAUUUAAAACCAAUCUCAUCAAGUUUGAAAUGCCAAAAAGCAAAAUUUUGCUCACCAAUACCUACACCUCAGUGUUGUACAAAUUGAAAGAUCCAAACGAUAAGGAAGGUUUCUACAAGAAGAAGGAUGGUAAAACUCCAGUUUGGUUUCAUUUGGGUUCCAUUGGUGCUCCGUCCAAGAUUGGAAUCAUCUUUUAUCGUGUUUCCCAAGAUAUGGGAAUGUUUAUUUUGGGAGAAGUUGGAAAGAAUCCAAGUUGUACAUCGAUCAAGAGCCCUCAAGAUUGUGUCGAAUAUUUGGAACAGAGAUGUCCAGAGUUGGCCAAGAAGGCUCAAUAUUUCUUUGAUAAGUGUGAUACUGAAAAUGGAGUGGUAAGAGAUUGGAUGAAUUAUAAAAAAGAUGGAACUGUUUUCAAUCAUUGGGAAGAAGUGAAUAAUCACAAAGAUGAAACUGGAAAGAGACAUGUCUUGGAAAACUUUAUUGCAUUGGGAGACAGCGUUGGCAGUUUGAAUCCAGUCUACGGACAAGGCAUUACAUGUAUUUGUGAGUCCGAACUCAUUCUCGAUGAAAUUCUUAGGAGACCUCACAAGAAUGCUCAAUCACCAUGGACUGCUGAGACUUGUCAAGAAUUCCAGGAACGAGUCAAGAAUAUUUACAUGCCUGCUUACUUUUUGGCAACGACUGUGGAUUUGCAACAUGAAGAGGCGAAAGGUGGUUCUUGGUGGUAUCGAAAUAUUUACCUCAAAUAUUUUGCUCCCGAUUUGAAACAGUUAGCAUUGGCUUCCAAAGUGGAUCCCUAUGUGCGGAUUACUUUUAAUAACGUGAAUCACAUGAUGGAAGGAUAUUUGUAUAAGAUGUUGGAUCGUAAAUAUAGAGCUCGAUGUAAGAAUCCAGUGAAUCAUUGGUAA